UAGUCUUUACCACUUUGCCCUUUGUUGUUUUUUUGGUUGAUUAUUUGCUUCUAUCCUCCUAUCAGUAAUUGUCAUUUUUAUAGAUUCCUAAGAAUUGCUUACUGUUGAUUCUCACUUCAUCAUUAAUUUUGCUUUACAAAUUUGUUAAGCCAUCGAUCUUUUUAAUCGAAAUAAUCUACUCAUUUAUUAAACGGUGUAUUAUUACUCUAAGAUCAAUGCCUCGAGCUAUGAGUCCAUCUAAAUUAUACUCUUGCCAAUUUCAGGCUGCCGAUGCUAAUUCCAGUCUUGAGCAUUUGGCUGCUUUGGACAUCGAUUCUAAACCACCUCUUGUUCGACAAACCGGAAUAAUAUGUACAAUCGGUCCUGCCUCUCGAGAAGUACCGAAGCUUAUUCAAAUGAUGAAAGCCGGUAUGAAUAUUGCUCGAAUGAAUUUCUCUCAUGGAACUUAUGACUAUCAUCAAGGAACCAUUGACAAUGUUAGAGAAGCUGUUAGGCAAUUGAGUGCUGAAUAUGGAGUUGGUGAGCAUCCUGUUGGAAUUGCUUUGGAUACUAAGGGACCUGAGAUCAGAACUACUCUAUUAGCUGGCGGUCCUUCUGCUGAAGUUGAAUUAGUUCGAGGAGCUACCAUCAAAGUCACUACUAAAGAUAAAUACAUCGAUAAAUGCUCUGCUGAAAUUUUACACUUGGACUAUAAAAAUAUUGUCAAAGUUGUUUCUCCUGGAAGCAAGGUUUAUAUCGAUGAUGGUCUCAUUUCAUUAGUUGUAAAGGAAGUUGGAUCUGAUUUUUUAAUUUGUGAGGUUGAAAAUGGAGGUAUGCUCGGCUCUAAAAAAGGCGUUAAUCUACCAGGAGCACUUGUUGACCUACCUGCCGUAUCAGAAAAAGAUAAGCAAGAUUUGAUGUUCGGUGUUCAAAACAAGGUUGAUAUGGUUUUCGCCUCUUUUAUCCGUAAUGCUGCCGGUGUUCAAGAAAUCAGAAAAAUACUUGGUGAGGAGGGUAAAGACAUUAAAAUUAUCUCUAAAAUUGAAAACCAUGAAGGUGUUAAAAAGAUAGACGAGAUCAUCGCAGAAUCAGAUGGUAUUAUGGUAGCUCGAGGAGAUUUGGGUAUAGAAAUUCCUACUGAGAAAGUUUUCUUAGCACAAAAAAUGAUGAUCUCUAAAUGCAACAUGGUGGGUAAACCGGUCAUCUGUGCAACCCAAAUGUUAGAAAGUAUGAUUAAAAAACCUAGACCCACUCGAGCUGAAAGUUCUGAUGUGGCCAAUGCAGUUUUAGAUGGAGCUGAUUGUGUUAUGCUUUCUGGUGAAACAGCAAAAGGAGAAUAUCCAAUCCAAGCUGUUUCCGUAAUGGCUGCUAUUUGUUUAGAAGCUGAAGCUGCUAUGUUCUCUAAGCAUAUCUUCAUUGAACUGAGCGCCAACACACCAUCACCAACUGAUUUAACAACGACCAUGGCAAUUGCUGCAGUAAACGCCUCUCUUAAAUGUAUGGCAUCUGCAAUUGUUGUGCUUACAACAACUGGUAGAACUGCUCAUCUCAUCUCCAAAUAUCGACCUCGUUGUCCCAUCAUCGCUGUUUCUCGCCACGCACAAACAACACGUCAAGCCCAUCUAUGGCGAGGACUCUUACCAAUCUAUUUUACCGGUGAACGAGCUGGUGACUGGCCUCAAGAUGUUGAUGGUCGUAUCCAAGCUGCUAUUGAUUUUGGUAAAGCUCGCAAUUUCAUGCGAACCGGUGAUUCUGUAAUCGUUGUCACUGGAUGGAGAAAGGGUCCUGGCUCUACAAACACCAUGAGAAUUGUUACAGUUGAAUAAAUAAAUCUCAAGAAUAUAAUUUAUCUAGGAACAAAAAAACUGUUUGUGAUGCCUAAAAGCAAUUAUUAUCCAAUCAAGAUCUUAACGAGUUUAAUAAUUCGAUUUGAAUUAUGUAUUUUAUUCGUUACAAAGCAAACAAUAACAUUUAUUGUUUAAUUAGUUUUAUUUCCAUAUUUUGAAAAUUAUAGUCUGUCAACUCUCAUUCUGUGAAUCUAUGUUAACCUGUAAUCACGUUGUUAACGCUCUUGCGAAUAGUCAUGGUGUAACAAGAUUCUUAUCUGAAAAUUAAAAGAAAUUAAUUUUAAUGUU